CCAUUAGGCAUUAGCACUUACCAGGAACCCGACCUAAAGAUUGACGAACACCCACUGCUCUCUGCUACCUCUUUCUUGUCCUCGCAUUGAUCUCACUUCUCACACGACAACAACCCAUUCUUCUUUCUUCCCCCAAAUCAAUCCCUUCACAUUUCUUUCUUUAUUUUAUUCUUAUUAUUCUUGGUUUUGUUUCUCCCAAGGUUGAACCCUCUCUCUUUCUCUCUCUCUCUCCAACAAUCAUCUAUACCCACUUAGGUAUCCCAGCCCCUUACGACACCGUUUCCUUCUUCCUUCUUCACUCUGAAAACCUCAGCUGUUUUCCUAUCCUAUCUUUUUCUUCUUUUUCUUGUCUGUUUUAUUCGAAUUACACCGAUUUUCUGAGUCCUGAUUCUGAUCGUUGCCGAGGAGGACUAGUUCUAACACCAAUCAGCGUUUUUGUUGGUCCAUGUUACUUCUUCUGAGCUAGAAACUUUGAGGUGGCGUAGUAUGGUUAACUCUCUCUACCUUACAAGGAGGAGCAAACGUAACGCUUCUAUUCUUUGAUAAGGGAGAGGUUAAUCUUCCACUAUGUCUUCACUUCAACUGUUGCAACUAACUAAGCAUGGCCAGAAUUUUCUGGCUUCAAGGAGGAAAACGUUACUGUUUGCAACUGGUAUCUUUGUUGCUGGUGGAACAGCUGCAUAUAUGCAAUCAAGGUCAAGGUUUAAUAGACGUGAUUUAGGUCAUUGUAACGGGCACAAUGAUGAUAACCAAGUCACAACAGAGGAGGUUGUGAAGGGUUCUACAGCAUCAAAAAAUAAACAAAAGAAAGGGGGGUUGAAGUCUCUUCAAGUCCUUGCUGCAAUUCUUCUAUCUGAGAUGGGAAAAUUAGGUGCAAGGGACCUUUUAGCUUUAGUUGGCGUAGUGGUGUUUCGAACUGCUUUGAGCAACAGGCUAGCAAAAGUGCAAGGCUUCCUAUUUCGUGCUGCAUUUCUUCGACGAGUGCCAUUGUUUUUUCAGCUUAUUUCAGAAAAUAUUCUUUUGUGCUUCCUCUUAUCGACCAUGCAUUCUACAUCAAAGUACAUAACAGGGACUUUGAGCCUGCAUUUCAGAAAAAUAUUGACGAAGCUUAUCCAUUCCCACUAUUUUGAGAACAUGGUGUACUACAAAAUAUCACAUGUAGAUGGUCGGAUAAAUAACCCAGAGCAAAGAAUUGCCAGCGAUGUGCCAAGGUUCUGUUCAGAAUUGAGUGAAAUUGUACAGGAUGAUCUAACUGCAGUUGCUGAUGGACUUCUAUACACAUGGAGACUGUGUUCAUAUGCUAGCCCAAAAUAUGUCUUCUGGAUAUUGGCCUACGUACUUGGAGCUGGUGCUGCAAUCAGAAACUUCUCCCCUUCAUUUGGGAAACUUAUGUCUAAAGAGCAGCAAUUGGAGGGAGAAUAUCGACAGCUUCACUCACGAUUAAGGACUCACUCAGAAAGUAUAGCAUUUUAUGGGGGAGAGAAGAGGGAAGAAUCUCAUAUUCAACAGAAGUUUAAGAACUUGGUUAGACACAUGAAUGUUGUGCUACAUGACCAUUGGUGGUUUGGCAUGAUUCAGGACUUUUUGUUGAAGUACCUUGGUGCUACUGUUGCCGUUAUAUUGAUCAUAGAACCUUUCUUUUCUGGUCAUCUAAGGCCUGACAGUUCAACUCUAGGGCGUGCAGAGAUGUUAAGCAAUCUAAGAUAUCAUACAAGUGUCAUAAUUUCUCUGUUUCAGUCUCUAGGAACUCUUUCUAUCAGUGCAAGACGGCUUAAUCGUCUCAGUGGGUAUGCUGAUCGCAUUUAUGAGUUGAUGGCUGUAUCAAGGGACCUAAGCAUGGUUGAUGAGAAAUCUUCACUGCAAAGAAAAGGAAGCAAAAAUUUCUUAAGUGAAGCUAACUAUAUUGAAUUUUCUGGUGUCAAGGUUGUCACCCCCACUGGUAAUGUCUUGGUGGAUGAUCUGACCCUUAGGGUUGAGUCAGGAUCUAAUCUUUUGAUUACAGGUCCAAAUGGCAGUGGAAAGAGCUCGCUUUUCCGUGUUCUAGGCGGUCUUUGGCCGUUGAUAUCUGGACAUAUUGUAAAACCAGGCAUUGGUGCUGAUCUCAACAAGGAGAUAUUCUAUGUGCCACAAAGGCCGUACACUGCUGUGGGAACACUUCGUGAUCAAUUAAUUUAUCCUCUCACUGCAGAUCAAGAGGUUGAACCACUCACAGAAAGUGGUAUGGUGGAGCUAUUGAAAAAUGUUGACCUUGAAUACCUGUUGGACCGUUACCCACCUGAAAAAGAGGUAAACUGGGGCGACGAACUUUCAUUGGGUGAACAGCAGAGAUUGGGCAUGGCUAGACUUUUCUACCAUAAGCCAAAAUUUGCAAUUCUUGAUGAGUGCACUAGUGCUGUCACUACUGAUAUGGAAGAACGGUUUUGUGCUAAAGUACGGGCAAUGGGAACAUCAUGCAUUACCAUAUCACAUCGUCCAGCUUUAGUUGCAUUCCAUGAUGUGGUUUUGUCAUUGGAUGGUGAGGGAGGGUGGAGUGUUCAUUACAAAAGGGAGGACUCUUCGACUGAAGUGGGGGUCAAUACAAUGAAGGCAUCUGAGACAAAACGACGGAGUGAUGCAAAAGCAGUUCAACGUGCAUUUUCCAUGAGCAAGAAGGAUUAUGCAUUCUCAAAUUCAAAGGCUCAGUCAUAUAUUGCAAAAGUGAUAGCAUCAUCUCCGUCUAAAAAUAAUGCUGUUUCGCCCUCUGCUGUGCCCCAACUUCGUGGUAAUACAAGGGUAUUACCAUUGAGGAUAGCUGCAAUGUGCAAAGUAUUGGUACCCACCGUGUUUGAUAAACAAGGUGCACAACUGCUUGCUGUAGCUUUUCUUGUUGUUUCAAGAACAUGGGUUUCGGACCGUAUUGCAUCGUUGAAUGGUACCACUGUGAAGUUUGUUUUGGAGCAGGAUAAAGCUGCCUUUAUUCGGUUGAUUGGUUUAAGUGUUCUACAAAGUGCUGCAUCAUCUUUCAUUGCACCUUCUAUAAGACACUUGACAGCUAGGCUAGCUCUUGGGUGGCGGAUUCGUUUGACACAGCAUCUACUCAAGAACUACUUGAGAAACAAUGCAUUCUACAAGGUCUUCCACAUGGCAAGCAAAAACAUUGACGCAGAUCAGAGGAUAACUCAUGACUUGGAGAAGUUAACAACAGACUUGUCUGGACUGGUCACUGGAUUGGUAAAACCAUCUGUGGAUAUCUUGUGGUUCACAUGGAGAAUGAAGCUGUUAACUGGUCAGAGGGGAGUUGCAAUACUCUAUGCUUAUAUGUUACUUGGUCUAGGAUUUCUAAGAACUGUUACUCCUGAUUUUGGUGAUUUGAUAAGCCAAGAACAACAACUUGAAGGAACCUUCAGGUUCAUGCAUGAAAGACUAUGUACUCAUGCUGAAUCUGUUGCUUUCUUUGGAGGUGGUGCCCGAGAAAAGGCUGUGAUUCAUCUUGUAUAUUUUUCUUUUUCUUGCACUUCAUACACUAUCACCCACUCCAAGUACCUUCUAAAAAAGAAGUGGUUGUUUGGUAUACUGGAUGAUUUUAUCACCAAGCAACUCCCUCAUAAUGUCACUUGGUUGCUGAGCUUGUUGUAUGCCAUGGAACAUAAGGGAGACCGUGCAUCAAUAAAUACUCAGGGUGAGCUGGCACAUGCAUUGAGGUUCUUAGCAUCUGUUGUUUCUCAAAGCUUUUUAGCUUUCGGUGACAUCCUUGAACUGAAUAGAAAGUUUGUAGAGCUCUCUGGUGGUAUUAAUCGGAUUUUUGAGCUUGAAGAACUAUUGGAGGCAGCACAGUCUGGGAAUAUGAUUGAUGCUGAUACGUCUCCAGUUAGAGAUUCUCAUUCUAAAGAUGUUAUUUCCUUUUCAAAAGUUGAUAUUGUCACCCCUACUCAAAAGAUGUUGGCCAGAGAGUUGACAUGUGACAUUGCGCUUGGCGGAAGUCUGCUCGUUACUGGUCCAAAUGGUAGUGGGAAAAGUUCCAUUUUCAGAGUUCUUAGAGGACUUUGGCCAAUUGCAAGUGGAAGACUAUCUAGACCAUCUGAAGGUGAGGAUCAAGAGGCUGGAGCAGGUUGUGGCAUUUUCUAUGUUCCUCAGCGUCCCUAUACUUGCCUGGGAACCCUGCGUGAUCAAAUUAUAUAUCCCCUGUCCCGUGAGGAAGCAGAAAUUAAAGCAUUGAAGAUCUACGGAAAAGGUAAUAGUCAACUUGCCAGACAUGUGUUGGAUUCACACUUACAAGUUAUCCUAGAGAAUGUUCGGUUGAAUUAUCUUCUAGAGAGGGAGAAGAGUGGCUGGGAUGCAACUUUAAACUGGGAAGAUAUUCUUUCUCUCGGAGAACAACAGAGGCUAGGCAUGGCACGGUUGUUCUUCCAUAAGCCUAAAUUCGGCAUCCUUGACGAGUGCACCAAUGCCACUAGUGUUGAUGUUGAAGAACACUUAUAUGGGCUUGCAAAGGAGAUGGGAAUCACAUUUGUUACUUCUUCGCAACGUCCUGCAUUAAUACCCUUCCAUUCCUUGGAACUACGACUGAUUGAUGGCGAGGGCAACUGGGAGCUUCGUUUGAUCAAGCAAUGAUGUUACUUAUGGUAUUGUUGCUGUUCAUUACAUUGUUGUUAUGUGACAUGUUGCUGGGUCUUGAACUUGAACAUACUGUCCAAUUGCAAGUGGAAAUUAUAUUUCCCAACAACAGUCGUUCAUAUUUUCUCUGAUUUUGGGUUUACCACAUUGUCCAAGCUUUUAUUUUUUUGCUCCAAAGACUUUGUGGUGCCAAAACAAACAAACCAAAGAACCAACCAAAAUGGUUUGAUGGUACAUUGGAGCACAACAAAACCAUGUCAAGAUGUUUGCAGCAUAUAGAAAUCAAUGUGUACAGGAUUUUCCCUCCUAUUCUUAGGUAGUUGAUAUUUAUUUAUAUUUUGUAGCUAUUAGAUGUAAUGAUUUAUAUUGUUAUAUUAAUAAACACAGUUGGAACAGUUGUAAUCUUCAGAUUGUUUUUUUCUUCAUGGCCAUUAUUCCUGUGCCAGCUGAGAUGCUUCAGUCUAUCCCUAUUCUGUUAGCUUCAAUGUACCUGUAGCUAUGUUAUCUUGCUGUAAUAUGAAACUAGUUACUUUAAUUGUUGGUACCUUGAUUCAAAUUUAUAAAGUAAAAUUUUGAAGAACA